AUGUCUGGAAUUAUUAAACGAAAAUGUUUACUCUCUCUUUUUCAUCGAACCAUUCGCGGAUACCGAUCAUUUGGGGAACAUUACCCGGGAGCCUCUUGUGACGAUGGCAGCAAAUUAGCCAAGCGCCCACAUCCAUGCUCUGUAUUCGCUUCCGACCAACCCCAAAUCGAGAUGAUGAAUAUAUUGUUUCAGGGAUAUUGUCCUACAUUCAAGCCCCAUUCUCUCGGGUGGGAAGCGGAGUCUCUUCUGCUUUUGAGCCCUGCACAAAAGAUGUGCUACUACAAUGGAAAAUUGUUCGGCGGUUACAUUGCCCUACUGAUGGACCGCAUUCUUGCCGAUUGUUGCAAACCGGCGGUCACUGCCUAUUUGAACACGUCUUAUCUCCAGUCGGUUCCACCAACAACCCCGAUACUCCUUCGAGCAUGGCCUGAAAGGGUUGAAGGUCGCAAGAUUUACAUGAAGGGCUCUCUUCAGAUUCCAGGCAAUGGUUCUCAGGAAUGGGUCGAUGCGAUCGAAACGGAUGCUUUGUUUAUAAAGCUAAAGGAUCAGAGCUAA